AUGCACUACCAUUUGACAGCUGCCCGAAAAAAUAAAAAGCCAAAUUUCGUUGGUUCCUUUGACAUUGGUGAGCAUGUUUUCUUUUUCUUUCGAGAAACUGCUGUAGAAUAUAUCAACUGUGGCAAAAGUAUUUAUUCUCGAGUUGCACGAGUUUGUAAAAGAGAUACUGGAGGAAAAAACAUUCUGUCACAAAAUUGGGCAACAUAUCUGAAGGCUAGAUUGAAUUGUUCUAUCGCUGGCGAGUUUCCUUUUUAUUUUAACGAGAUUCAGAGUAUAUAUAAAAUACCAAAUGAUAACACGCACUUUUAUGGUACUUUUACGACUUCAACAAAUGGAUUAAUUGGUUCAGCGAUAUGCUCAUUCCAUAUAGAUAGCAUUCAAGACGCAUUUCGUGGCAAAUUUAAGGAACAAGCAACUAGCAGUAGUGCAUGGCUUCCGGUUCUGACAAACAAAGUACCAGAACCAAGACCUGGUCAGUGCGUGAAUGACACAGAAACUUUACCAGACACUGUCUUAAAUUUUAUAAGAUCCCACCCACUUAUGGAUUCAGCGGUGUCCCAUCAGAAUGAAAGGCCAGUCUUCUACAAGCGAGAUACUAUACUUAUUAAACUUGUUGUAGACAAAUUACGUAUUGAUUUCCUUGGUCUUGAUCUUGAAUUUAUAAUUUUUUUUGCUGGCUCAAAUGAUGGUAGAAUAUAUAAAAUAGUUCAAUGGACUGAUACUGAUGACAUAACACAAUCUUCAUUACUAGAUAUAUUAGAUGUUACUCCUGGAGAACCCAUUCAAGCUAUGGAAAUCUCUAAGGAACACAAAUCUCUUUAUGUUACUUCUGAUCAUAGAAUUAAGCAAAUCGAUUUAUACAUGUGCUCUCGCCGGUAUGAUAAUUGCCUAAGAUGUGUAAGAGAUCCAUAUUGUGGCUGGGAUAAGGAUUUAAAUAAUUGCAAGUCUUAUGUGCCUGGGUAA